GGUCGGACUGCUCCGACACUGAGCCAUGCACCGGCGACCAGGAGUGUUCGCUCGGCUACUGCCGCUGUCCGCAGGGCUUCGUCAAGAGCAGCAGGGAGUGUCUUCCAGAGGCGUCGUUUAACGAGACAUGCGAGGUCGACGACCAGUGCACAGACUUCCGCCUCAAGUGCGUCGACUGGCGCUGCGCGUGUGUCAAGUACUAUCACUGGGAUGAGUACUCCCGGCAGUGCCUCACUUACAAGGACCUCAAGUACAUGCUCAACGACAUGAAUGAGAAGUACCACACUUUUGGUGAACUAGACGCGGAGACGAGCUUGGUGUUCACGCUCAUGAUGUGGACGGGGCUGGCAGUCAUGGUCAUCGGGCUCGUCCUCGCAUCCGGGUGCAUCUUCUACGGUUGCUGCUACGGGCGGCUGUGCUGCUGUCCCAGCAACAAACUUUCAAACACAAGACUGAUCUCAGGACCAACAUAUCGAGGACAAGAGAUGAUUGCUCCCAAUACCUCAAGACCAACUCAAAUAACAAACUCAGGUCGGACUGAAAGACAAGCGGCUCAGGGAACAGGAGUGGAUUACAUCCCAGCAUUGUAUGAAACCACAUCCUUUGAUGUUAUAUAAUUUUUUAAGUAAGAUUGAAGGCCUUAGGAAUUGUUUAAAUUAUCCAGUUACCUUCAAGCUUAAUGAUGCUUAUUUUUGUAAUGGCGCUCCCUGCUUCUGUUUGAAGAUAAUUUUUUUCCACAAAUUUUACACAAAUAUACAUGUUUUUGGUGGACUGAUUUUAUAUGGACAGCUAAUGUUUGCUUCGUGGUGAAGAAUUUAUUACAAACCUGAGCAAACAGCAAUGUGAUAUGUUAAAUUUCUAAAUUUAAGUUAAUUUGAUAUAAAAUUAUGAAUACAAAGCAAAUCAGAAAUGUUGACAACCAAA